CAGAGCAGACGACAAUCUUAGUUGUCUAUUGCUUUACACGUGUACAGCUGUCAUUCAUUUUCAUUGUCAAUUUUCAGACCUUUCAUUGGAUACCAUGCAUUGUUUUUCCACUUAAAAUCACGCUUCGGCUUUACACUAGUGGAAUAUCUUCGAUGGGAUCACAUUUCUUUUGUUUUUAAAGUAGUUUUAUUAGUUGGGAUUCAAGUACUUUAAAAUGAGACCUCUAGAAACAGAAAUGGGCAGUGAAGAGGAACUUAGGUUAAGGAUUUCUUUGUCACCAAACAAUAAAGACUGCAGUACAGGAAUGACUUCUGGGAAAACAGGCUUAAGGCAUCCAACUGCAAUUGUGUUGAUGAUAUUUUGGUACAUAUUUAGUGCAUUUAACCUCUUUGCAAACAAGUAUGUUAUAUCAUACUUAAAAGGAGAUCCUGCUCUACUUGCUAUGAGUCAAAUGCUUAUGUGCAUGUGCCUUGGCUUUCUCCAGCUUAGAUAUUCGUGUGGGCUAUUUGUUAGUCGCCAAACAAGUGGUGGAUGGUCAUCUAUUCACAGGAAUAAACUCAUUCAAAGACCAAUGUUAAUAUUGGGGAGCUUAAGGUUCACUACUCUGGUCCUAGGACUGACAUCUUUAAAUUACGUUCCUGUAUCUUUUGCAGAGACAAUUAAGAGCUCUGCACCAAUGUUUACUGUGGUUAUUUCAUCGAUUUUCACAGGAGAAAAAACUGGAAUGUAUGUAAAUCUUUCUCUCAUACCUAUUAUGGGGGGAUUAGCAUUGUGUUCAGCCACCGAACUUAGUUUUAACAUGCAAGGUUUCAUUGCCGUCUUGUUGACUAAUUUGUCCGAAUGUUUACAGAAUGUCUACUCAAAGGUUUUAUUAAGCAGCGAUCGCCAUAAAUACGGACCGGCAGAGUUGCAGUUCUUUACCAGUUUUGCUUCUUUUGUAAUUCAAAUAAUGGCAAGCUUCUUUCUAAUUGACUGGGCCAAGAUCAUGUUGUCUCCUAUUCUCGUCGGUGCAAUGUUGCUCAAUGGAGCAUUCUUCCAUUUCCAGAGUAUUACCGAGUAUGCACUGUUAGAGCACAUCACUCCAGUCACACACAGUGUGGCCAAUACGGUCAAGAGAGCCUUGCUCAUCUGGCUGUCGAUUAUCCUCUUCGGUAAUGCGAUCAGCCUUUACAGUGGACUUGGUACCCUAGUCGUUAUUGCUGGAGUUUUCGGCUACAACAAAGCAAGACAAUUGGACGCCCAAAGAAUCCAACGUCUAAUCAUGCAGGAAGGCUACCCCCAAAAAAUUGCUCUCUAAAGGGUUUGGCGUGGCUUGAUGAAUUCACGUGAUGGUAUUCCUGUUUGUCCACUCCGUCCUGAAAAACUCACGUUCCCCAUUGUUUUUUGUUUUUUGUGUCUAAUUGUUAAAGAAAUCUUCAAUUCCAAAAUUUAUUGUGGCGAUUCCGUGUUUCCCUCCAAACAAAAACGCACUCUUUUGUCGUCGAAAGUUAUUUAAAGAUAGAACGUGUCGUUCUUUGUCCUAUUCCUCCAUAAAUCAAGAUCGGGGUGCUACCAGUGUUUCUAGAGCAAUGUUGGAUUAGUAAAAUCAAAUACAUUAGUGCUUUUGUUUUUACACAA